AUGUUCAGCAAUGCACAAGUGCUAAGGAGGGAACUUAGACUUCAUGCAGUUCAAAAUAGGUAUGAGUUCUACUUUUUGCAUAAUGACAGUACUAGUAUUACAAUACAAUGUAGGUAUAGGUGUGAUUGUGAGCUCAACACUUACACUUGUAGAAUGCUUGCUUGUACAUGUGUGGGGAGAGUGAAGUGUCAAUUCAAGGUCUUUGCUUCAAAACUUGUUAAGCAGCAAACUUGGCAAAUCAAAAACCUCAGAUUGAAGCACACUUGUUUAAGAGUGAGGAAGAACAGGAUUCUUACUGCUGAGUAUAUAGCAGAGAGGUAUUUGGAGGAGUUUAGGAGUAAUCCUAGCUGGAGAAUUAAGGAGAUUAGAGCUAGGAUUCUGAAUGAUUUGGGUAUUGAAGUGACUUAUUUUAAGGCAUGGGUAGCAAGGUGUAGGGAAAAUUUGAUUAUAUUUGGUUCUGCUAGGGAGCAGUAUGCAAAGGUGUGGGAUUAUGGGAAAGUUGUGAUGAAGUACAACCCUGGUUCUGGGUGUAAUAUUGUUGUUGAUGGUAUUGAUAGGCCAGAACCACCCUUGUUUCUCAGAAUGUUCAUGUGUUUAAGACCUCUGAGAGAUGGUUUUGCAAGAGGUUGUAGGCCACUUAUUGGGGUGGAUGGUUGUCACCUCAAAGGUGCCUACCCUGGGCAGAUUUUGGUGGCAGUGGCUAAAGAUGGGAACAACAAUUCGUUCCCCCUAGCCUGGGCCAUAGUGGAGGUGGAAAACAAGGAAACUUGGGGUUGGUUCUUAGAGUCUCUAAUAGCUAUGUUCACACAUGACCAAGGAGUUAGGCUAACCAUCAUGUCUGAUAGGCAAAAGGGAUUGAUUGAAGCAAUGGCUGAUGUUAUUCCCAAAGAAGACCAAAGGUUUUGUGUUAGGCAUAUUUGGGCCAACUUUAAGCUCAAAUUCACUGGAGCAACAUUUAAGGAGCUUUUUUGGAGUGCUGCUAAGGCUAACACUUUUUUUGAGUAUGAGAUAGUCAUGGAGUCUAUCAAAUUUCUUGAUGAAGCUUCAUAUGAGUACUUAGUGAGUAUUCCUCCCAAGCAUUGGUGUAGACAUGCUUUUCCACCUACUGCCAAGUCCAACAUGUUGUUGAACAACAUGUGUGAGACUUUCAAUGCAGUAAUCAAGCCUGCUAGAGAUAAACCAAUCCUCACCCAAAUGGAAUGGAUGAGGAGGUAUAUAAUGAACAGGAAUAAUGAAAAGUGGGAGGAUGCCAAAAAUAUAAAUAGUAACUUAGUGCCAUAUGUCAGGCAUGUUCUGCAUAGGGUAGAUUUUGUGGCUAGGGGGUGUGUGGUACAGCCAUCAAGGGACAGCACAUAUGAAGUGCAGCUUAAGGAUGACCAAGUGUUGGUUGACUUGGAGAAAGAUACAUGCACAUGUUACCAUUGGGAACUCACUGGGAUACCCUGUGUUCAUGCUUAUGCAUGCAUGCUAGAUAUGAGGGGUGACAUAGAAGCUUAUUUUGACCCAUACUACACAAUGGAAACAUACAGAGCUGCUUAUGAACCAGUUGUCCACCCAAUGCCAGGUCCCAAACACUGGGAGAAAGUCAAAAUGAGAUAA